UAGGAGUGCCGGGGCUAUAAAUGCAUGCUGAGCCGCAGGGGCUGGAGAUUUUAAACACAGCUGGAUUAAACUGAAACGCUGCAGAGGGCGAGGCUCUCUCACUCUGCACAUUUCACCAACUAACCAUUAAAGGCAGGAGCUCUAUACUGAUCUCCAAUAUGACUGGUGUGGCAAAGUGGUUUGAAGAAAAUAGGGAGAGUAUUGAAAAAGGAAUGGAGAUCCUAGACCAAGGCUGUGAAGUCUUGGCAGCCACUGUUGGCCAGUUUCACCCCAUCCUGGAGGCAGUUUUUAUGGUUUCAACUGAGCUCCUUAGCAACCCAGAGGGCAAUGAGGCUAAGUAUCUUGCUGGUCAAUUUAAAAGUGUUAACCAGAACUUGGAAAACAUUCAGGGUGGUGUUAAAAAAACAGAGCUAGCAUUGCGACGAUCAUUGUUGAACAUGCAGAACUUUAGGUUCUACUCACAGAUAAUGGAACAAUAUGAUAUGUUUAACAAUAUUUUAAAAGCCAAACCAAAGUUUAAGAAGGUUAAGAUUGAGGAGUUCCUCAUCUUCUUUGAUGAAUAUGAGGGAGACAAGAACCUUGAAUGCUUGUACAAUGCCAUCACUAAGGAGAACACCUCUGGAGAGAUGAUGCUGGACACGAUACUUCUCACUGAGCAGAGGAGCAGGAGGGCAGUGGAGCAAUUCUGUGCUAGCAUGAAGAAGGUGUUUGUGGUUGGUGUUAUAGCAUUGAUGGGAUACACUGCACUAAAGGAUGGCACUGUUGGAGAGGAUGUGGUGAAGAAAUGGCAAGUCCGGAUGGAAGAUGUGGAGAAGCGCAUGAAGGCGGCGGUGGAUGAAUGUGUAGACAAGUUUGCUGAGCAAGCCAAGACUGAUUUAGAUCAAAUGAUCAAGGAGAGGGAGAGCAGUGUCGACCCUGAGUUUCCAAAACUCUUACUGGAUUCUCUUGUCAAGAAGUAUGACUGGGUCUCUUGGUCAGUAAGGGUCUUUAAAGAUGAAGACUUCUGUCUUCUGUCUGUAAAUAAUGGUGUCAAUUAUUUUGAGUACUUGUGCAAUAAUAAAAUAAGAAUUGUGGUGUCUUUUACUGCUGAACCCAAACCACUCAACAAAAGCAUGAUAAAUGAUCAAACAGAGAAGGAAAAAGGUGGUAUUCAAUCUGUGUUUAAGACUCUAUGCGACAGUCAUCCCACCUGCCUCGUCCAUGCUGUCAGUCCCUCUACCAGAGUGGAGGAAGCCAAUAAUUUUAACCCAGAGCAUGUUUAUUUCAGCUCUCACAAAACAGCAAACAUUUUUAUGCACGCAAAAUAAUGGAAUUUAUAUUACACUACACACGCUGAUGACCAAAUCAGCAUCUACACCAUGUACUCAGUUUAGAUUUUUAAGGGUUUUGUAAAAUGUUCUUUUCUUUUUUUUUUUAAAUAAGUGCUUAUAGCAGGGUCUAAGGGUCUAAGGAGUAAAGCUUAACGGGAACACAUUAGCCUCUACAGAAGGAAGAAUAAACUGAAAAGAAGUUACUGUACAUUGAAAAUAUAAUGUUGAUGCAUUUUA